AUGAACCUCAACGACUUUCCCGACCUGAUUUUAAUUGAAAUUUUUGCUUGUCUACCGGCUGUAGACCGUUUAUCCGCUGAAAUGGUAUGCCACCGGUGGAAUACGCUAGUAAAAUGUCAUGCCUGGAAGCACAAAAAGUGCAGCAGUAUAGAGUUUUACUGUUCUGAUGUGAAUAAAGAAUAUGCAAAUGUACAGAUAAUCACUUGCUUACGUCGUGCUGGUCAUUUCCUGAAAAGGUUAAAGAUAUCGUUUUCGAAAUAUCCAUUGAAAUCGCCUGAUGAAUGGAUUAGAGUUUUAACUGAAUGUUGUCCUAAUGUAAAAAUUCUGGAUCUGGAAAUUGAACUACGUUCAUCGCUGGAACUCUUAAGUGUAAUUGGUCCAAAUUUGGAAGCGAUAACACUGAGGUCCUGUUUUACAGGGCGAUUUUCGAGGGUAUUUCGAACUUUACGGAUUAACUAUUGCUUCGAUAGCAGUACAAAAAUUUUGCUGGAACGAUGUGAAAGGCUUAAAAAAUUAAAACUCAAGGAUAAUACAGUUCUUUUUGCACAUCAAUGUCUUCAAGUGUUACCAACGACGCUUACCUCUUUAGAUUUGAGAGGUACAACACUUGAGAUGCAGUCUCUGAUUCGAUUUCUUCAGAGGCCUUCAAACCUUAAAAAAUUUUGUUUCUGCUGCGACGAUUUCAGUACUAGGCCAGAAUUCGACGAAUUUCUUCACUUAAUUGUGCUGCAGAAAGAACUGACGGAAUUUAAAGUCACUCUCAAUGAUUUUAGAAAUAUCGCUGAUAUUAACAAACUGCUUUCCUACUCACAAAAUCUUACGAGGUUAACUAUUAUCACCCCUCAAAAUGACAUCGAUAACAAAAUGCUGAUUGACUUCUGCAGUUGCGGAAGAUUAAGAUAUCUUAAGUUGAAAAGCAAGGAUUCGUACUGUCCGGUUAACAAUGCGACUUUACUCUCACUAUCAUCUGAAUGUUCACAACUUCGGUUCUUUCAAAUAGAGCAUAACUGUUGUCAGUUGGAAAAUGCCAAAGCGAUGGCGACUUUGAAUCAACUGCAGCAUCUCCAUUACCUUGAUAUAUCAAACACAUUAUCUGUCAAUGACAGUGUUGUGCAAAACUUUGCUACUAUUACCACCUUGGAGGUACUGAAGGUCGAUGGUUGCAUUGCAGUUACCGAUGCAGGAAUUUCUCCAGUUAUACGAGGGUGCAAAAAAUUGAGUCGAUUAAGUUUUAAAGGGUGCCGAAUGAUUACCGACGAGUUGAUCAAGGAGUUACAGAAUUGUAUAAAUCAGAGGCAGGAACCGAAAAAAGUUUUUAUUUUUUUGUGGACUUUUGGUAGUUCAAUCACCGUUCCUGAAGUCACCUAUCCAUUUAUUCGCUUGCUUAGCGGAUCAACAGACAGCCUUAAUAUGAAGUUGUUCCGGAAACAGUGUACGGAUUAA